ACAUUUUUUUUAAUAAGGUAUAUUAAAAAAAAUUAAUAUGUGAUACUUGUAGUAUUUUUCCAAUUCCAAAGCGUGGGUUUAUUUGCGUUUUUUUUUUUUUUUUUUGUUAAAGUCAGCAUCUUUUUCUCCUCCGCCGCUGCCAAAUCUAAAACAAAACAAAAAAUCCAACAUAAAUAAAUAAUAGAAGCAAAGCCUCUGGAACUUGUUGAAUUGAAAGGAAAAAUGUAUCAUCCCACUAGAGGUGGCGUUCGUGGUGGCCGAGAUCAAUUUAGUUGGGAGGAUGUGAAGGUUGAUAAACAUCGGGAGAAUUAUCUUGGUCACAGUAUUAAGGCACCUGUUGGGAGAUGGCAAAGAGGGAAGGAUCUGCACUGGUAUGCAAGGGAUAAAAAUUCCAGGGAUUCAGACACAGAGGCUCUAAAAGAAGAAAUUAGAAGAGUCAAGGAAGAGGAGGAGCAAGCCAUGAGGGAGGCUCUUGGGCUGGCUCCGAAACGUUCCAGUCAACCUCAAGGCAAUCGCCUUGAUAAGCAUGAGCUUUCAGAACUUGUGAAGCGGGGAUCUACCGCAGAGGACUUGGGUGCAGGCCAUGCUGAAGCAGCACAAGUCCAUGGUCUUGGUUUCUCAAGAGUGCCACGCCCAUGGGAAGAUCCAAGUACCCUUCCCUCCAGUCAGAAGGAAGCCUCACCUGAUAUGGUCAAGGUGGAUGAACCCUUGCCAUCAACCACCAACAUUGCACAAGGAGAAUCAGACGAUGAAAGCAGCAGGAAGAGAAAGAGACGUGAGGAUAAGCGACAAGAAAAGCACGUUAAGAAUAACGGACACGAGAAGUGGCAUGAAAAGCACGAGAAGCGGUAUGAAAAGCACAGAAAGCAUGAGAGACAUGAGAAGCAGUAUUCUCGUGAUUCAGGUGAAAAGAGAAGACAUAGGAAGGACAAGGAAAAGAGGCGCGAUUCCUACUCUGAUUAACUAUCUUUCCAGCCACCUUGGUAUCGUUUCGUGCGUUAUAGAUUGUUUUUUGUUUCUCUUCUGGCUAAAUUGAAAAUGAAAAUCUCCAAGUAAUUCAUACAAUUGGUUGUUAUUAUUGCUGAUAUGGAUCUUCUGAAAAUCUGGUGUGGGCUUUUUUUACUUGUUUCGAGCAAUGGUGUGAAUCAUUCCAUGUGAUUUGUUUCUAGGAACUUGCAGGAAGAAUGGGGAUGUAAAAGAAUCGAACAUGAAUAAAUUUUAUUAUGUUUAUU